CAUUAUGUUGGGUUUAACGCUCAUUUCAACAGCACAGAAGAAAAACAACACGUGAAGCUAAAGCUAGGGAACAUCACAUACCUUCAGCCUUCGUGAUAUAUCUAAGAAACAAAACAGAUAAUAAUAUCACAGAGAGCGCUACAAUGAAAUUACUAACGCAUAACAUGUUGACGUCGCAUGUGAAAGGAGUAACUAAAGGAUAUCCGCUGCUGAUUAAGGCAACAGAGGUCAAAGUGAAUGAAGUCGAGUUCAACCCUCAGUUUGUGAGCCGAAUGAUCCCGAAGCUGGAGUGGAGCGCUUUAAUCCAGGCAGCUGAAGGGCUGGGAUACCUGCAGGACCUGCCCAGCACACCUGUAUCAAACUAUGAGAAAGAUGAAGACUUUUUACGCAAAGUGCACAAAGUCCUACUGGAGGUGGAGGUGAUCGAGGGUGCUCUGCAGUGCCCUGAGUCUGGCCGAGAAUUCCCCAUCUCGAGAGGAGUCCCCAACAUGCUCCUCAAUGAGGACGAGUUAUAGGAGACAUCCCCACUCCCGUUUUAUUCAAAUAUAAGACAGACAACACCCCACAUUACUGCUGUACAGGAUUGGAGCUGGGUUGAAUCAAACUGCAAUGAGUCGAGAUAUCAAAAACAGCUCUUGUUCCCCUGAAAUAUUUGCCAUCAUCCAAACCUGGUCCUUAAUUUAAGAAGUUCAUCUUAAAACCGGCUUCACUGAUACUGGCCCUAGUUUUCUCAGCUCUUGUUUAUAUUAUGUUUACUAUGGUUUGUAAUAUACUUUUCAAUAAAACUGUGUUACAGCGUUA